AAAAACUCAACGCGCCACUGUCUAUCCCUUUUCCAUUGCUCGACGUGGCGGAGAAGGUUGGGGUGCUUCCUCUCUCUCCGGUUAGGGAAAGAAACGCACUUUUUGGUUUUGGUUUUGGAUUUCGAUCUCACUGCAUUGCCUUCUGCUACUGCUAGUGAUUUUAGAGGUUUUGCCACUUCAAUUUGCUGCUCAAUUGGAUCCGUGCACUUUCGGUGAUACCUGUUCAACUUUUAAUUGGUGGCACUGCUAACUAUUUGCUGAUUCGAGUUCAGAUUUCUGUUUUAUAUCCUAGCAGACGAGCCAGUUUUGAGGAUUUGUUUCCGUACUGUAUACUGAGCAUUGUUGCAUGAUGGUUGUGCAGAACUUUGUAGUUGAUUUGAAUAAGGCCCUUGUUUUCCAGGUUGGGCAUCUUGGAGAAGCUUAUGAAGAGUGGGUUCACCAGCCCAUUGUCAGCAAGGAAGGCCCCCGUUUCUUUGAAAAUGAGAUUCUGGAGUUCUUGACGCGCACAGUCUGGUGGGCAAUACCAGUCAUUUGGCUGCCAGUUGUAUGCUGGUUUAUAUAUAAGUCCAUACGAAUGGGCCUCAGUUGUCCUCAUUUAGCUCUAUUGGUGGUUCUUGGCAUUUUUGUUUGGACACUGCUUGAAUACUCAUUGCAUCGUUUUCUUUUCCACAUUAAAACAAAGACCUACUGGGGGAAUACCUUGCAUUAUCUUCUCCAUGGCUGCCACCAUAAGCACCCCAUGGAUGGCUUAAGACUCGUUUUCCCUCCUGCUGCAACAGCUAUAUUAUUGAUGCCGUUCUGGAACUUGGUGAAACUCAUGGCGACCACUUCAACUGCUCCUGCUUUGUUUGGAGGUGGUUUAUUGGGUUAUGUAAUGUAUGAUUGCACCCAUUAUUACUUGCACCAUGGUCAGCCAAGGACUGAAGUGCCCCGAAAUCUCAAGAAGUACCACUUGAAUCAUCACUUUCGGAUCCAGGAUAAAGGCUUUGGGAUCACUUCAUCACUAUGGGAUAAAGUUUUUGGAACACUUCCUCCUAAAAUGGAUGCCAAAAGUAUGUAAAUUACUGUCAAGGGUAGCAUAUGUUCGUUGGUUAAAAUAAUAGCAAGUUCAGGAAUUCCUGCUUUUAUUUAUCUAAUUUAUUUGACCUCCCCAAUCAUUGAUGUUUUCUGGGGUGUUAGCGUGCCAUCAUUCGUCAAUUUUGUGGUGCCAAAGUUCGACAAUUAAACAUUCUGUAAAAAUUGAUUUCUUGUAUCAGAUUGAUUUAUGAUGGAAAGCUCACCUUGUGCAUACUCCUUUCCGCUGUAA